UCCGGGCGCGGGGCGGGCGACGGCGACCAGGCAGAGGAGAAAGAACAUGGCGGGUGCGGCUGGGUCCGGCACCGGCCCUGGAGCAGCCGGCGGAGAUGGGGACGAUUCGCUCUACCCAAUCGCGGUUUUAAUCGACGAGCUCCGCAAUGAGGACGUGCAGCUUCGUCUCAACAGUAUUAAGAAAUUAUCAACAAUUGCUCUAGCACUUGGAGUAGAAAGGACUAGAACCGAACUGCUGCCAUUUCUUACAGAUACAAUUUAUGAUGAAGAUGAGGUACUGUUAGCUCUUGCUGAACAGCUGGGGAAUUUUACUGGCCUGGUGGGAGGUCCUGACUUUGCCCACUGUUUGCUGCCUCCUUUGGAAAGUCUGGCAACAGUGGAAGAGACGGUGGUACGAGACAAGGCUGUGGAGUCCCUGAGGCAGAUCUCCCAGGAGCAUACUCCUGUGGCUCUGGAAGCCCAUUUUGUGCCUCUGGUGAAACGCCUGGCAAGCGGGGAUUGGUUCACUUCUCGCACAUCCGCAUGUGGCUUGUUCAGUGUUUGCUAUCCCAGGGCUUCAAAUGCUGUCAAGGCAGAAAUUAGACAGCAGUUCCGGUCCUUGUGCUCGGAUGACACACCAAUGGUACGCCGUGCUGCUGCUUCCAAAUUGGGUGAAUUUGCAAAAGUUUUGGAAAUAGACAGUGUGAAAAGUGAAAUUGUUCCACUGUUCACUAAUCUAGCUUCAGAUGAACAGGACUCAGUGCGCCUCCUAGCUGUAGAAGCUUGUGUCAGUAUUGCCCAGUUACUGUCUCAGGAUGACCUUGAGUCUUUGGUGAUGCCUACACUUCGGCAAGCAGCGGAAGAUAAAUCUUGGCGAGUUCGAUAUAUGGUAGCUGACAAAUUUUCAGAGCUCCAGAAAGCUGUGGGUCCUAAGAUCACCCUGAAUGACCUCAUCCCCGCCUUUCAGAACCUACUUAAAGACUGUGAAGCUGAAGUCCGAGCAGCUGCUGCCCACAAAGUGAAAGAACUUUGUGAGUAUUUGCCCAUUGAAGGUAGAGAAACCAUAAUUAUGAGUCAAAUUCUUCCAUAUAUAAAGGAAUUAGUAUCUGACACAAAUCAACAUGUCAAAUCAGCUCUAGCUUCUGUAAUUAUGGGAUUGUCUACCAUUUUGGGCAAAGAGAAUACCAUUGAACAUCUCCUACCUCUUUUUUUAGCUCAGUUAAAGGAUGAGUGUCCUGAAGUUCGUUUGAACAUCAUCUCCAAUUUGGAUUGUGUCAAUGAAGUGAUUGGGAUCCGGCAGCUCUCUCAGUCUCUCCUUCCUGCCAUUGUGGAACUAGCUGAGGAUGCCAAGUGGAGGGUCCGUCUGGCCAUCAUUGAGUAUAUGCCACUGCUGGCAGGCCAGCUGGGUGUGGAAUUCUUUGAUGAAAAGCUAAAUUCUUUAUGUAUGGCCUGGCUUGUGGACCAUGUGUAUGCCAUUCGUGAAGCUGCCACCAACAACCUCAUGAAACUGGUUCAGAAGUUUGGUACAGACUGGGCCCAAAACACCAUUGUUCCCAAGGUGUUAGUCAUGGCAAAUGACCCUAAUUACUUGCAUAGAAUGACCACAUUAUUUUGCAUUAAUGCACUGUCUGAAGCCUGUGGCCAGGAAAUAACCACUAAGCAGAUGCUGCCCAUUGUAUUGAAAAUGGCAGGAGACCAAGUAGCGAAUGUUCGUUUCAAUGUGGCCAAAUCUCUACAAAAAAUUGGACCAAUUCUCGACACUGAUGCUUUGCAGGAGGAAGUUAAGCCCGUUCUUCAGAAGUUAGGCCAAGACGAAGACAUGGAUGUCAAAUACUUUGCACAGGAGGCUAUAAGUGUGCUUGCGUUGGCAUAAUGAGGAGCAGGAGGGAAAAGACUUUACUAAAUUCUUAUCACAGAUUCUAGUCAAUUGUGGUCUUAUGCUGGGUGGAGAAAAAAUGGAGAGCCUUCAAGACUGCAACCAAGCAAAUGGCAGCAACUUACAAGAAAUCACAUUUCAGUGACUUGAUUCUUUCUAAAGACGAAAUGAGAUCUUUUUUUACUCAUCUUCCUUGUCGUGAUAAUUAUACUUAAUCCAUUCUUAUCGUUGUGACCAUUCCUGAUGCUUGAUUAUAGUCAUUCUUGAUUAUCUCCCAGUUUAUCAGGAAGCAUCUGGGCUUCUGCAUUCUCACUGCUUAAACCAGGCUCUGGUUAAUUCAUACUACUGACUGAACCUGGGUAGAUGCAUUUGGACUCUGACACUGAGUGAGUGAGUGAUUCUAUGAUGUCAUAUAUAUAUCAGUGUGCGUCUCUAUUAUUUCAAAUGUAAAUGCUUGAGAAUCACUUACUUUAUAAGUACCCUGUUUGGGAGACACAUCAAGAUUUGACUAGUGAAAAGCCCCAUUUCCCUGGAUAAUGAUGGUCUGCAUCAGUAUCGCAUAUUGAAGGGGAAUGUGGAAGCUCAGGGUUCACGUAUUGGUUGCUUUAGUUUUUAUUUGCUUGAUUUGGACUGUAAUCAUGUCAUUCAGCAUCCUGAAGUGCAGGCACACCUUGCUGUUAAUUAAUGAACGACGUUGAAACCGAAUUGAAUUCCAACAGUUGACCACUGUGACUGCAUUCUAAAGUACUUCUCUCUCUUUUGAGAAACUUUAAAUUUAGUGCCUCCUUCUAAGCCUAAGUAGAAUUUCCACUGUUUAUUGUUAAACUCGCAACUUUGGAUAUCUAGUAAGUAAAGGAGCCGCUGCUAUUCUACUGUGAGGAUUUCCUGCUCUUAAUCUGUUCCGCUUCCAGUGGUGUUAAGUCUGGUACUUGCUACAUAGUGUGGUAGGAACUUCUCGGGCAAAUUUCACAACUAAUUCUUUGGUCUGAGCAAUGCUGGAGUUUUAUCAUUUGAAAUCUUUGUUUUCCCAUUUUUAUAGUAAAGCCUCAUUAAUUCCUCCUGGAGUUUAAGAUAAUUUAAGUUCAGCCAAAUGGUUCAUUGAGGCAAAUUAGCAGCACAUAAGGAAGUGUAUUUUGUCUCAAGCUAAACAAAUUUAAGUGGUCUUUAUAAAAAAUAUAUAUUUUUUAUCAGUUGAAAUGCUAAUUGCUAAUUACUCUUUUCAGUUGUUCUAAAACAGGUUCUAUGAGGAUUUUUAUGAGACCUCACCUUUCAGAUGCAUUCCAAAUUAUAUACAUGAAUAUUUAUUGGAGAAUUUGAAUAUUCUUCUUUUACACUUAUUUAUUUACUUUUUUUUUUUUUUUUACCAAAUUAACUUUCUUUGUCCCUUAUGAAUACUAGUUGAUGAGGUUUUGCUAUAGUCUGUUAUUCUCUCAGUGAAUCCUGCUAUACAGUUUGCUUGUUUCUGUCUUGGUUUUUGAAUUGUUUCCUUGAUUACAACCACUUCAAACCCCGUUCUGUUUUGUGAAGAAGGCCUAAAGAUUUCUAUCAAACUCUGUACAUUAAACUGUUAUGUGGAGCCAAGUUUAACCAACUAUGUACACAUUUGUCUUACCUUAGAAAAACAUUUAAAAUCAGACACGACCAGCCUAUAUUUAAAACUGCUAAAAAUCACCGUAAAAUAGGUUUCAAUUUUAUUACUUGUGUGGCUAUGGAUUAAGCAGAAAAUCUUCUGUGCAUUUGAAUUUUAGUAUCUUGAACUAUUACUGCUGUAAACGUUUUUAUCUUAAUGUCUUUUUCUUCAGGAUAUGUUUUCUUUGUUGAGUUUUAUAUUCUAGAGACCAUUGUCUUGGUUCUUGCACGACCAUUGCUUUGCUCUUUGGUUGAAACUGCUGUUGGUUUGGGGAUAGACUUGGAAUUGCUGUGUGGCCCCUAGGGAGUCCACACAUUGAGCUUCCCAUUCUAGGACUCACCUGAACACACCAAAUCCCUCGAAUUCUCUUGUGGGUCAGAAGCUCUGCGGGGCUGUGUCUUCCUGGGGGAACCAUUUAGGAAGGCCAUUAUUUCUUUCCCACUUACACAGUAAGAGAAUCCCUGCUGCUUCUCUUCAGAAGAAUUACUCUUACUCGUGGCAGUUUUCUUCCCAGAUUAGUUUUCCUGUCUUGACUUCACUGGAAUCUAAGUUCUAGUUCUAUAAUAAGGGCAGGGAUUUUUGUUUUCUGCUGUAUGGCCAGUGCCUUGAUCAUUGUCUGGUGUAUUUAGUAGGUGCUUAAUAAAAAUGCGUUUAGUUAACUUCUCA